AUGGACCCGAACCAGCUGCCGCAAUCGGCCGGGCCGUAUCCUGAGGAGGGACUCCAUGGUGGUUUCGACGAGUAUGCCCUCCCGGAUGACCAUGCAGACCAGCCAGGAUCGUGGCCAGCCGAUUCACUGCCGGCAGCAACUCAACAUCAAACUUCCGCAAUAUACAACGGGGAAUAUUUGCUGCAGGACAGCAACGCAAUCGAACACCUCGAGCAAUUCGCCUUUCUCGCGGACCUGCCCUCCGCCACACAACAACUUCCGUCGACUGGCACGAGCAAUACGCAGCAACGCCAGCAGUACCACAAUGAAAUAUAUGGCCCAGGACAUCCGGCUCAGCCUCAGUACCAGUUCAUGCCCAACCCGCAAUACGCACAUCCACAGAAAGCAGAUACGAACUUUGGAUAUCAACAGGGCCAGAACAGCCACCCGAAUACACUGUACACGCAACAUAAUGGAUACACCGCCGCUGCCUUUACUCCAAGCUUGGCAGGGACCCUGCAACCAACGAGGCCAGACCCUUCUAACACUUCUUAUAACUACCCGAACUUCGAUGGCUCCCAGCAAGGCACGGGCGGCUUGCCAUCUGGGAGCACGAACCCGCCAAUGGUGCAGCAACCAGGCUAUCCUGCGUCAACUCGGAACAUGCCCAACUAUUCUGCCGGUCUUGACCAGGUCCCGGUCGGGACAAACCAGUCGCUCUACGAGAGCGUGAGGGUUCCAGAAACUGGCGAUGCAAGAAACUCUUUCAACGCCCUGGAGCAGACCACUCUAUUAACACAAGCCGAAGACGAUGAAGAUCGUUGCCCGGGGAAGUCGAAGAAAGGGAAUCCGUGCUCGAAGCCGGCAGUCCCGGCCAAUAUACUAAGGCUAUGCGCCCGGCAUCUAGACAUAUGGCACGGACAAAACGCUCCCAACGCUGUGUUUUUCCUGUCUGCCGACAUCUCUGGUUUUGCUGAGGCGAAGAAACUCAUGUACCCACAAGUUCACCCGCUGCGUGGCCAUGAGCAUAUGACUCCGACCGACUGCGAUCGCCACGCCGACCCAGUGGUAGAAAGGUGGCUCACGGCUAUAAAUACGCCUUGGCGCUCCGACUGCCGCAAUCCAUACAACGACUUCUAUCUCGCGCAACAGAAGGCCCUCAACUACAACAAGUGGAAGCGUUUCAGACCUGAGCUUGCAACCAUCCGCUGCUACCUGAUGUUCAAAGCACUAGCUGUGCUAUACACAGGUGGCGAAUCCGUCUACCCCAGGGGCGGCGAUAACGACGGCUACGGAGAACCGGAGGCAAAGCUGACGUUCUGGGAGCGCAUCCAGAGGGUUGAGGAGAUCAUGACAAUCAACAAGCGUGUUUGUUUGGACGUGCUUGCGGGCCGAGGAGUCCUGGCGUUCGUGGAAUGUCCCAAUAAAUACGAAAAGCGCAAGUUGCAGAACAAGAAGAGCAACAAGAAGAAGAAGGAAAAGCAGGAGCUUGGAGAGGAGGAGCAAGCGAGAAGAGAGGGAGAGCAAGCGAGGGGAGAGGGAGAUGGAGGCGAGAGUGAUAGUGAUGGCGAUCUGGGCGACGAGGAGGAGAGCGCAGACGAGGAGGACGCAGACGAGGAGGGCGGCGACAACGAUGUGACGCGGUUGCAGCGAGCACCUACCGCAGACAUGCAGGUAAUGCCGUCGACUGCGGAGUCCGCUCCAUCAGUCGUUGGACCCGCAGCGGGCACGAGGACGAGAAAACGGGCCUUAGCGUCAUCUCAGGCGAAUGCCAGCGGUGGUCAGCCUGCGAGGAAGCGAAAGCGUGCUGCUGCGGCUCAGGCGAUUUCUGCUUAUCCUGCACCUGACGCUUCGGCGAGCAAUGGUCGCAAAAUCAACAAGCCGAGACUUGCACCGAACCGGAAGCGUCAGCCAGCGCCCGAGCCAAGACCAGCGGCCACCGUGCCUCCUACUUUCGCUGGUGCUCCGCUUGCACCGGGGUUUCAGCAUCCUGGAACCCUGGGCCACGGCUAUUAUCCCACGCAACAGCAUCAUCUUGCCCACGACCAAUGGCCCUCAGCUCAUGCUCCUCAUUACGCACAGCAGCAGCAGCAUGUUCCGCAGGACCAGGACAUCUCCAACCUCCUCAACUACGACUUCGGAGAUCUAGAUUCUCUUUUCAGCUCACACGCACCGCAGCAGCAUGGUGUGCAAGGUGAAGAGACCUUACGAGGUGAAGAGAUCUUACACUACGGCCCUAGUGGAGAUCCCGAGGGCUUUCGCGAAGAGUUCGCGGAUUGGCUUGACUUCGAAGGGUAUCUAAGAGGCAACAAAUAG